CUGACUUUUGCUGAAAUACAGCGCUAACUGGCCCCCUACAGACCUAUAUUUGUUGCUCAGACCUAGAACUGCGCCCAGGAAGUAAUGGACCGCGACGGCGCCCUGCUGGGGACGCUCCGAGAGCUGCUUGAGCAGCUCUUGCCCCCGAACGAACCGGACGCACCGACAGCGGACGAGCCGCGGGAGGAGGAAGACACCCCGCCGCCGGCUGAGGAAGACGCGGCCUCGGACACGGACAGCGUGCCGGACCUGGCCUCGGCCUCGUCGUCGUCGGACUCCGACGAAGGGCUGCCCCCUGCGCGUCGCCGGCCGCGCAUGCCGGCGCUCGCGCCCGCGUCGUCGUCGGAUUCGGAAUCGGACGGCGACGCGCCGGAACUCGCCUCGGCGUCGUCGUCGGACGACGAGGCGGAGGCGCCGCCGCCUGCUGCGCAGCGCGCGGGCCCGCGCGUCGUACGCGUCGGCCGCCACGUGCUCGUCGUGGGCGGCGGCCCGGGCGAGGGUCGCCCGGAUUUGGGGGACCGACCGGCCCGCGUGCGUACCGCGUUGGCGCUGAUCCGCCACGUGAUGCUCGCGAGCCGCGGCAGCGACAGCCACGUGGACAUGGCGGACACGCUGGCGCGGGAUGGCGCCGCUAGAUCACAGCACGUCGUCGCCGCGUUCCGCGCCAUCGACCGUGCGCAGUUCCUGCCCGCGGACGCGCGCGCCGACGCGUACAUCGACUCGCCCGCGAGAAGUGGCGUGUUUCACCAGUCUUCGCCGUCGAUCUAUGCUGCAGCGCUUGAAGCGCUCGACCUCGGCGGCGCCCGGCGCCGGAGCUUCCUCAACAUCGGCUCCGGCACGGGCUACUUCUCGGCGCUCUGCGCCGCGGCCGCGGCCGCGGCCGGCGGCGAGCUGUCGCCGCACGUCGGAGUCGAGCGGCACGCGGAGCUGGUGGACUGGGCGCGCACGCGCACGACCACCGACCCGGCCGCGCGCAUCCGCGCCGAGCUCGUUGCGUUUUCCAGUAGCUCGCUGGCAGAUCACCUUGCGGACAUCGCGCCCUACGCCGCGGCGCGCGGCGCGUCGAGCCUCGCCGAGCUCGCGGCGCUGCCCGCCGACACGCUGGACGACAUGAUUGCGAGCGCCGGGUGGAGUAUUCUGAAGGCGGCAACCUUCCGGCGGCACCUGGCGCGCUACAACGACGAACACGCUGGGCGCACCUGGCUACCGCCGCACGCGCCCGACGUCUUCUACGACGUGGGCGACGUCUUCGACGUCGUCGAGGCGCUGCGCGACGCGCACUCGCCGCUGCGGGGCCGCUUCGACCGCGUGUACGUGGGCGCCGGCGUCGACCGGUCUUCCUGCCGCGUGCUGCUCCGGCUCCUGGCGCCGGACGGCCUGCUCGUCGCGCCGCGCGACGACCGCCACGGCGAGGCGCAGCGGCUCGUGACCGCGGUCCGGCGCGGCGCCGGCGACGCGUACGCGAUCACGGCGGGCGCGCGCGUCGCCUUCGCGUCGCUCGUGCGUCCGAGCGGCGGCGGCGUGGCGUCGCGCGCGCCGGCGCUGGCCGGGCCCGUCUGGGGCGAGGCGCGGCCCGGCGCAUUUCCGCCGGCGUUCCGGGCCGCCGCCGCGACGCUCGCGCGCGGCGUCGCGCGGGGCGGCGGCGGCGCCGCGAGCGUGCCGUGGCACGUGUGGCGCGCGAAGAUCCUCCCGUUCGUCCCGGCGCAUUGGUUCGAGCGCGCGCGCGGCGACGAUCUCGGCCCGCGGGCGUGCGCCCAGUGCGGCCUGCCGGCGCACGCGAGGUGCUCCUGCGGCGCCGUAGCGUUCUGCGGGCGGGACUGCCAGCGCGCGGGGUUCGACGCUCAUGCUGCUGCCUGCACGGCGCGGCCCGCCGCCGGCAACGACGCCGGCGACGCUUCGGACGACGGGGACGAGCUCGGCGCGCUCUCGAGGCGGCUCCGAGCGGCCGUUCGCGCGGCCGAGGCGGCCGUCGCGGGCGAGGAGGCGGGACCGGCACCGGACGAUAACCGCGCGGAGGCGCGGGCUCGCCGCGCGCGCUACCACUCCUGGUGGUGGGACGACGACGGUGCUGCUGACGACGAGGACGACGGCGUCGGCGCUGCCGCCGAGGACGACGGCGCUUCUGCCGCUUCCUCCUCGGACGAUGAAGACGGCUAA